AUGAGUUUUAGAGAUGGAUUGGUGAAUUUAAUAGCUGAAGAAGAUGCUGCAGCUCUAAAAGUAUUACCGUCGUCGAAGGAGAUUAAAAAAGCUGUGUGGGACUGUGAAUCCUCUAGGGCACCAGGUAGUGAUGGGAGGAUGAGAUCAGUUAUGUCAGAUUUGGUUGGCGAGACUCAGAGUGCGUUUGUAAAGGGUCGGAAAAUACACGAUGACGCUCUUAUUGUUUGCGAAACUGUGCAUUGGCUCAAAUCGAGGAAGAAGGAAGUGGCUAUAAUCAAGCUGAAUUUUCAAAAGGCAUAUGAUAUGGUCAAGUGGCGGUUUGUAGACAUUGUCCUGCAAAAGAUGGAUUUUGGGCGCAGGAUGAUUGGGGAGGCUGUUAGAAAUGGUCGGAUAUCCCCUCUAUUCGUGGGGAUAGACAAUAUAAAAUUGUCACAUCUUCAAUUUGCUGAUGAUAUUGUGUUGUUUUGUCCGCCAGAGGAGGAGUCCAUUAAGAACUACAAAAGGCUUCUUCGCUGCUUCGAACUGAUGUCGGGGUUAAGUAUCAAUUUUGAGAAAUUCUGUUUGAUACCAAUCAAUUGUGAUCAAUAUUGGGUACAGAGCAUGUGUAGUCUGUUCGAGUGUAAGGAAUCUGCUCUUUCGGUUAAAUACAUGGGAAUCCCUCCACUACAAGAAUAA